CCAAAGUGCAGGAGCGGAGUCGAUGUUAGCCCACUUGUCUGCUCCUUUCGGACGAUUGUGAACGCACUCGAGCACCGAACUGCUUCAGAAAACUCCACUUCGCAGAGAUAUGAUGUUGGAAAUGGAAGCAACGUUUUCAGUGCUUUCGUGGCUAUCUCAGGAUAUUCAGCCUUGCCUUUGAUCCAGAAUGCCGGCAGAGAUAUUAUGUCAAACAUACUUUUCAGCCCUCCGUCAAUUGAAAGCUUAAGGAGUUGAUCUCCUUCCCGUGCUGACAUGGAUGACGUGCAGGUAAUGACCUCGCAUGCGUACUAGCUCAACAGAGCGUCACAGGGAAUGAGAAAAGGUCCAGCUGACUCAUAUCGCCAAAUCAUAUCGUUUCCUCGCGGCCCAGUAGCACAUGUUUUACGGCCUGGUACCGGUCCGCGGCCUGGUGGUUGAGGACUGCUGGCCUACAGCCACCAAAUGCUUUUCAUAUGACAAGUUGUUCAAUCCUAAAAUCAUUUUUGUGAACCUCCUUUGAACCCUCUCCAGUAUCAACAAAUCCUUUCUGAGGUAGGGGCCAAAACUGCUCACAAUACUCCAGUGAGGUCUCACCAGUGCUUUAUAAAGUCUCAACAUUGCAUUCUUACUUUACUAUUCUAGUCCUCUUGUAAUGAAUGCUAACUUCGCCUUUGCCUUCCUCACCACCAACUCAACUUGCAAAUUAACCUUCAGGGAAUAAGAUGGCACCAGUAACUGGCGACUUUGUGCGUGCUCUCCCGAGCAAACUGCCCUCUCCACUAUCCUAUACCCGAGAAACCCUUCUAAACCUCCACUCUGCUACAUCUAGCAAGAUCAACAGCACCCUGGAGAAGCUACUGACCCAGCUGGAGACCACCGCGUCAGAAUUGCUUCUUAAACUCCGGAUCGCACCCGGACCCGACCAGCGAGGCCCACCAUAUUCACGGAGACCUGUGGUCUGCUACCAUGCCGAAGCGCUUGGAGACACGGCCCAUUCCGACCAGCACCUCUCCAGAGCAGACGACCACAAAAAAGUGACAGUGGAGACCUCAAGGUGCCCCAGAGCGAUCACCGUAAAGCCCUGUUGGUGGCCAUCCACAGCUGCUGGAAGUGAGGCCUCCACCACCGACCUCGGAAAUCGAGCCCAAGGCUCGGCUGGAGCAGAGGCCUCCGCAACCGUGACUCGGUUUACGGACUUGUUUCAGCCAGGAGCCCGGCCAUCCAGGAUUAAGUGUUGGCUUCGGGGCCUGACCCAAUCGACAGCCCGGGCCCCUGGCAGCUGGAAGUGGCAGCAGAGCCUCCCCUGUCACUUGGCCCCACCCGGAGCACCCGACGACACGACCUGCCGAUCGAUCCCCAUGGGAUGCAUCCACCAACCUCAAAGAGCUGACAACACACUGCAUCGAUGGAAACUUGGAAAGAUGCACUAUUUACCGAGGAAGCAUGGGAAAAGAGCUGGGCUGCUGGUCAGAUUGAAGCUGAGGGGCUUCAGGGUCCCUAUGCCCACCAUCCUACCAGCUAAUGUGCAAACCAUACAGAACAAGGUGGAUGAUCUUAAAGGGAGACUCACCUACUGCAGGGAGAUGCAAAACUGCUGUGUAUUCUGUUUCACCGAGACCUGGCUCUAACCUGCCACCCCCGACUGUGCCAUCCGACCGGAGGGAUUUUCGAUCCAUCGGAUGGACCGUACGGCCUCUUCGGGCAAGACAAGGGGAGGUGGUGUCUGCCUACUGAUCAACACUGUGUGGUGCUCAGACACAGUGGCACUGACAAGCUCCUGCAACACCUGGACCUGGAACACCUGUCGGUGAAGUGUCGUCUCUACUAGCUGCCACGGGAAUUCACCUUGGUCAUACUGACAGCAGUCUACAUUCCCCCCCAGGCGGACGUGGAGUGUGCUCUGAACAUACUGCAUGCCAACAUCAGUGAACUUGAGACCAGGUAUCCGGAGGCUUUGCUCAUUACAGCCGGGGACUUUAACCAGGCCAACCUCAGAACGGCGCUGCCAAAGUUAUACCAACAUGUCUCCUGCCCCACUAGAGGUCUGAAUAUACUUGACCACUGCUACACAGCAGUCAAGGAUGCCUACCGUUCCGUCCCACGACCUCAGUUAGGAAAAUCGGACCAUCGGGCCGUACUCCUCCUCCCGGCUUACAAACAGAAACUGAAGCAGGAGGUCACGGUGUCAAAAGUAGUGUCGCGUUGGACAGAGGAAACGGAUGAGGUCCUCCGUGACUACUUUGAAUCGGUGGACUGGUUAGUAUUCAAGGACUCAGCAGCUAACCUUGAUGAGUAUGCCUCAGCUGUCACGGACUUUAUUUGGAAAUGCACGGAGGACUGUGUGUCUCGCAAGACGAUCCGGGUAUAAACUAACCGGAAACCUUGGAUGAAUUAUGAGAUCAAGUCCCUUUUAAAGGCUAGAGCUGCGGUUUUUAAGUCCGGGGAUACCAGUCGCUACACGGAAUCCAGGCAUGAACUCCGGAAAGCCAUUAAGGGCACCAAGAGGCAAUAUCGAGUCAAGUUGGAAGCCCAGGCUAACCAGAGGGAUGCCAGUAGACCAUGGCAGGGUCUAAAUGAGAUCACUGGGCACAAAGAAAAGGCUGGGAAUAUCAAUAACUGUGGCACUUCUCUUCCUGACGAACUUAACGUAUUCUAUGCAAGAUUCGAACAGAAGAGGAGCAUCCCAUUCCCUCCGGAUGAACCGGACCUGGUGGCAUCGAGAUUCAUCGUCACCGAGGAGGACGUUAGAAGGGCCUUCCUGAAGAUAAGUCCAAGGAAGGCGACAGGCCCAGAUGAUGUCCCGGGACGGGUUCUCCGGGCCUGUGCAAGCGAGCUAGCUGGAGUGUUUGCUGAUAUCGUCUGCUGCUCCUUGCUUCAGUCCCCUCGUGUUUUAAGAAGGCAACGAUAAUCCCAGUGCCGAAGAAGAGCAAGGUGGCAUGCCUGAAUGACUAUCAACCUGUGGCUCUGACAUCAAUUGCUAUGAAGUGCUUCGAGAGAUUGGUUAUGGCACACAUCAACCACAGCCUACCGGUCAACCUCAGCGCUUUGCAAUUCGCCUACCGGAGCAACAGGUCAACGGUAGAUGCCACCUCUCUGGCCCUACAUUCCUCCUUAGAACACCUGGAGAAUAAAGACGCAUACGUAAGGUUCCUUUUCAUUGACUACAGCUCUGCCUUUAAUACCAUCAUUCCAAAUAAACUGAUUCCUAAGCUCUGGUACCGGGGCCUUAGCACUCAGAUCUGCAGCUGGAUCUUCAAUUUCCUUACACCCAGGCUGUAAAAAUAGGGGACAUGCUCUCCUCUACAAUCACUCUGAGCACCAGUGCCCCACAAGGCUGUGUACUCAGCCCCCUGCUGUAUUCACUGUACACCCGUGAUUGUGUAGCCAAGUUUCCAUCAAACUCAAUAUAUAAGUUUGAUGACACAACAAUUGUAGGCCAUAUCUCGGGUAAUGAUGAGUUUGAGUAAGAACCUGGUGGCAUGGUGCAAAGACAAUAACCUAUCCCUCAACGUCAGCAAGACGAAGGAAUUGGUUGUUGACUUCAGAAGGAGUAGCGGACCGCAUGACCCAAUUUACAUAGGUGGUGCGCAAGUGGAACAGGUCCAGAGCUUUAAGUUCCUCAGGGUCAAUAUCACAAAUGACCUGAGUUGGUCCAACCAAGCAGAGUUCACUGCCAAGAAGGCCCACCAGUGCCUUUACUUCCUGAGGAAACUAAAGAAAUUUGGCCUGUCCCCUAAAACCCUCACUAAUUUUUAUAGAUGCACCGUAGAAAGCAUUCUUCUGGGGUGCAUCACAACCUGGUAUGGAAGUUGUCCUGUCCAAGACCAAAAGAAGCUGCAGAAGAUCGUGAACACAGCGCAGCACAUCACACAAACCAAUCUCCUGUCCUUGGACUCACUUUACACCGCACACUGUCGGAGCAGUGCUGCCAGGAUAAUCAAGGACACGACCCACCCAGCCAACAGACUUCUCGUCCCUCUUCCCUCUGGGAGAAGGCUCAAGAGCUUGAAACCGUAUGGCCAGAUUUGGGAACAGCUUCUUUCCAACUGUGAUAAGACUGCUGAACGGAUCCCGACCCGGAUCUGGGCUGUACCCUCCAAAUAUCCAGACCUGCCUCUCGGUUUUUUUGCACUACCUUACUUUCCAUUUUUCUAUUUAUGAUUUAUAAUUUAAAUUUUUAAUAUUUACUAAUUUUUACUAUUUUUAAUAUUUAAUAUUUGUAAUCCAGGGAGCCGAAAGUGCAGAAACAAAUAUCGCUGUGGUGAUUGUACAUUCUAGUAUCAAUUGUUUGGCGACAAUAAAGUAUAAAGUAUAAAUGGAAUCCUGCACAAGAGUCACAACUUUAUCACAAUAGAAACACAGUAAGGGAGAUCUACUAAUCCUAUAGAAACAUAGAUUUUUCCCAAGAUGGUACAUCGUGUUCAGUUCUGAACAUGCUGAGAAAGAAAGGAGAUGGAGAUUAUGGGGGUUGUAGACAGAAAUUUAUAACACUGAUAAAAAAAUUUAAAAUACUGAUGAGAACUGAUGGAGUGGGGUAGAAUGGGGUACAGUCUAGGUAAACAACAGGAAUUCUGCAGAUGCUGGAAAUUCAAGCAACACACAUCAAAGUUGCUGGUGAACGCAGCAGGCCAGGCAGCAUCUCUAGGAAGAGGUACAGUUGACGUUUCAGGCCGAGACCCUUCGUCAGGACUAACUGAAGGAAGAGUUAGUAAGAGAUUUGAAAGUGGGAGGGGGAGGGGGAGAUCCAGUCUAGGUAACCUAGAUUUAGAGGACAGGGUUCACAAAUUAGAACGGGAUUUUCAGGAGUGAAGCUAUAAAAUACUUCUACAGUCAGGAGAUGGUGCAAGUUUCAAGCUCCCUUCCAUGAAUGGCAAUUGAUGCAAGGACAAUUGCCAACUUUAAAUCUGAAGUUUGUGCUUUUUAAUUAAAAGUACAUUAAUGGGAAUAGGAUAUGAAGUGAGAUCACAGAUCAGCCAUCAUCUGAAUGAAGGAGAAACAGUUCCGUUAUUAAAGAAACUAAACUUUUAACAAUUUUGCAUGUGGAGUGGAGUUUGUGGGUAUUAUGAUGCCUUCUUAAAAAAAUCAUUAGUUAAAAAACAAACAAAAUCAUGAAACACAGUAGAUCACUCAGCAUUUGUCUCAUGAGUCAUUCUUCUUCACAAUUUUCUCCCUAGUACUUGAUGGUGCUAGUGCAGCCAGACUAUCAGAAAGGGCAGGCAGGUGAUGGGACUUAGUUGCUGCCAACAGGCUGAGAUCAAAACAUUAGGGAUGCAGAAUCAGGAAGGAUAGCAAAUACGAUACUCAAGGUGUUGUAUCUUAAUGCGCAUAGUUUAAGAAAUAAGGUGGAUGAUCUUGUGCACUAUUACAGAUUGCCAGGCAUGAUGCUGUGGCCAUCACCGAAUCGUGGCUGAAGGAUGGUUGUAGUUGGGAGCUGAAUGUCCAAGGUUACACGUUAAAUAUCGAAGGGAUAGGAAGGUGGGCGAAGGGGGUGGUGUGGUUCUACUGGUAAAGAAUGGCAUCAAAUCAGAAGAAAGAUGUGACAUAGGAUCGAAAGAUGUUGGAUCCUUUUGGGUUCAGAAGCAAGGGCAAAAGGACGUUGAUGGCAGUUAGAUACAGGCCUCCCAACAGUGUCUGGGAGGUGGACCACAGAUUACAACAGGAAAUAGAUAAGGCGAGUUAAAAGGGCAAUGGUAGUCAUGUGAGAUUUUAACAUGCAGGUUGAUUGGGAAAAUCAGGUUGGUAAUGGAUCUCAAGAGAGUGAGUUUGCUGAAUGCCUAAGAAAUAGCUUUUUAGAGCAGUUUGUUGUUGAGCCUACUAGGGGAUCAGCUAUGCUGGAUUGGGUGUUAUGUAACGAACCGGAGGUGAUUAGGGAGCUUAAAGUAAAAGAACCCUUAGGGACCAGUGAUCACAAUAUGACUGAGUUCAACUUGAAAUCUGAUAGGGAGAAAGUAAAGUUUGAUGUAGCAGUAUUUCAGUGGAGUAAGGGAAAUUACAGUGGUAUGAGAGAGGAGUUGGCCAAAGUAAAUUGGCAGGAGCUGCUGGCAGGGAUGUUAGCAGAGCAGCAAUGGCAUGCAUUUCUGGGGAAAAUGAGGAAGGUACAGGACCUAUGUAUUCUAAAAAUGAAUAAAUUCUCAAACGGUAAAAUAGUACAACCAUGGCUGACAAGGGAAGCCAAAGCUAUUGUAAAAGAGUAAGAAAGGGUAUACAACAAAGCAAAAAUUAGUGGGAAGGUUUUCAAAACCUACAGAGAGCAACUAAAAAAAUCAUUAGAAGGGAAAAGAUGAAAUAUGUAAGCAAGAAAGCAAAUAAUAUCAAAGUGGAUAGUAAAAGAUUUUUCAAGUAUGUUAAAAAUAAAAGAGAAAUAAGAGUGGACAUAGAACCGCUAGAAGAUGAGACAGGAGAAAUAAUAAUGGGGGACAAUGAGAUGGCUGAUGAACUAAUGAGUAUUUUGCAUCAGUCUUCACUGUGGAAGACACUAUCAGUAUGCCUGAUGUUGUAGUGUGUGAAGGAAGAGAAGUGUGUGCAGUUACUAUUACAAGAGAGAAAAAGCUAAAAGCAAAAAGCUAAAAGACCUAAAUGUACCUAAGUCACCCAGAUCAGAUGAAUUGCACCCUAGGGUUCUAAAAGAGGUAGCGUUAAGACAUAGCAUCGUGGCAUUAGAAAUGAUCUUUCAAAAAUCAUUGGACUCCAGCAUAGUGCCAGAGGACUGGAAAAUUGCAAAUGUCACUCCACUCUUUAAGAAAGGAGGAAGGCAGCAGAAAGAAAGUUACAGACCAGUUAGCCUGACCUCAGUGGUUGGGAAGAUGUGAAGAGUCAAUUGUUGAGGAUGAGAUGAUGGAGUACUUGGUGACACAGGACAAAAUCAGCAUGGUCUUCUUAAGGGAAAAUCCUGCCUGAUGAAUCUGUUGGAAUGCUUUAAAGAGAUUAGAGAUAGAAUAGAUAAAGGGGAUGCAGUGGAUGUCGUAUAUUUGGACUUUCAGAAGGCGUUUGACAAGGUGCCACACAUAAGGCUGCUUACCAAGUUAAGAGUUCAUGGUAUUACAGGAAAGUUAUUAACAUGGUUAGAGCACUGGUUGAUUGGUAGGAGGCAGCAAGUGGGAAUAAAAGGAUCCCUUCCUGGUUGGCUGCCAGUGACUAAUGGUGUUUCGCAGGGGUCGGUGUUGGGAUUAUUUCUUUUAAUGCUGUACUUAAAUGAUUUAGUUGAUGGAAUAGGUGGCUUUGUUGCCAAGUUUGCAGAUGACAUGAAGAUUGGUGGAGGGGCAGGUAGUGUUGAGGAAACAGGUAGGAUGCAAAAGGACUUAGAUUAGGAGAAUGGGCAAGAAAGUGGCAAAUGAAAUACAAUGUUGGAAAAUGCACAGUCAUGUACUUUGGUAGUAGAAAUAAAUGUGUGGACUAUUUUCUAAACAGGGAGAAAAUCCAAAGAUCUGGGACGCAAAGGAACUUGGGAGUCCUUGUGCAGAACACCCUGAAGGUUAUCUUGCAGGUCGAGUCGCUGGUGAGGAAGGCAAAUGCCAUGUUAGCAUUCAUUUCAAGAGGUCUAGAAUACAAGAGCAAGGAUGUGAUGAUGAGGCUUUAUAAGGCACUGGUGAGGCCUCACCUUGAGUAUUGUGAACAGUUUUGGGCCCCUCAUCUAAGAAAAGAUGUGCUGGCAUUGGAGAGGGUCCAGAGGAGGUUCACAAGGAUAAUUCCAGGAAUGAAAAGGUUAUCAUUAUGAGAAACAUUUGAUGGCUCUGGAUCUGUACUCGCUAGAAUUCAGAAGGAUGGGGGGGGGGAGGAUAUCUCAUUGAAACCUUUCAAAUGUUGAAAGGCUUAGACAGAGUAGAUGUGGAAAGGAUGUUUUCCAUGGUGGAAGAGUCUAGGGCAAGAGAGAACAGUUUCAGGAUAGAGGGGCGCCCUUUCAAAACAGAGAUGCUUGAAUGGCGGAGUAGACACGAUAGGCCAGAUGGCCUAAUAUUGCUAUGUCUUAUAUGCUGGAAUCUAGAACAAAAACAGAACCCGCGAAGUACUUGGUGGAUCAAGCAGGGUCUACAGAGGCAAAAAGGUGCAAGUCAACUUUCUGGUUGAGACCUUGCAACAGGACUGAGAAGGAACAAGAAAGAUGAUUGGUAUGUAGCAGUAGAUAGGAAGGAGAGAUACGUUGAACCAUAUUAUUUUAGCUUGGUACGUCAAAUGAAAAGAGAAAGUACAAGAUGAGCUAAGGGAUCUUAGCUCUCUGAAAGCGGCUACACAGGGUGGUUAAGGCGGCACAUGAUAUGUGUGCCUUUAUUAGUCGAGGUAUUGAGUUCAAAAGUCAGGACAGUAUGUGGCAGCUUUAUGAAACUCUAGUUAGGCUGUAUCUGGAGUAUUGCAUACAGCUCUGGUCGACCCAUUAUAGAAAUCGAGGUUUUGAAGAGGACGCCAAAGAGGUUUACCAAGAUACUGCCUGAACUGGAGGAAUGCACUGCCAGGGUUGGUGGUAGAGGCAGAUACAUUAGGGACUUAUAAGAGACGUUUAGAUAGGUAGUUGAAUGUGAUGGAAAUGGAUGGAUAUGGAUAUUGUGCAGGCAGAAGGGAUUAGUUUAGUUGGCCAUUUGAUUAUUCAUUUAAUUGGUGGGGCACAACAUUGUGGGCUGAAGGGCCUGUUCCUGUGCUGUACAAUUCUAUGUUCCAGAAGGGCAGGGGAUGAUGGACAAAUGAAACCAACUGGGGAGGGGACAGGAGAGAGGAACUAAGGGAGAAGAAAACAAGGUACGUGUGCGCAUGCACAAAAUUCAAUUUUCAUACUUUUUAAAACUUUUUAAGGGCAAAAGAGAUGUGUACAUCUUGGAUAACUUAUACUCCAAUGCUGUGAUUGAUAUAUUCAUCCCUCACAUUCCCACUCCUCUCAAAUCUGGUUCUAAUUGCGUAUUAUCUCUUCCCUUCUUAUCUGAAUCCUCCUUUCACUUACAAGCCUCUGUCCCG